CCUGUACCGCUGCCUAGCGGAGGGCUUUCAACGCCGACACCCGUGGAGGACCAGGAAGAGGCCAGCAAGCCUCACGAGGACGACGAUCACGACAGGGACGAAAUCAGGCUCGGAGACGAGACCACCCUGAGCCAGCGCGAGGCCGCUGUCGUGAUCGACGAGAACAUCUACGGCGGGGACAUCAUGCGUUGCGUACCAUGCAACAAGACCUUCCGCCGUAAGUACGACCGCAGGCGACAUGUCGUCACCGUCCACUACCUCGGCAAGAUCCCAUGCGACUGGUGCGAUCUCUUCUUCUACGCACGCCGGGAUGGGGUCACUCGUCACAAGGACGAGAAUUGUCCAGCCAGGGACUUCGAAGAUCGGCACACCAACCCAAGGAGAUGGUUCAUGGCCUGGCUGACCGGACCUUGUCGUAGCAGUAGGCGGAGGAGAGGCAGGGCAGGAUCGUCGACGAUGGCGAGCUGAAGCUGGAGGGAUGAUUAUUCGCGGCCUUGCUUCGAACUUGGUGGACUGGAGUGAGUGUGUUGUGUCACGCGAUCCGUCGAGGUCUUCGUACUUUACUAGGGCAUGAAGGACUUUUUUCUCGCAUUUGCAUUUCUCCUUCUUUCAUCAUGUUUUUGGCGUCAAGGCUUAUGUAUUUUUUCGAUUCCUAUAAAAUUUCAUUUGUAUUUAUCUUUUC